AUGGUCAACUGCCUGAAGGAGGUAAGCGUCGCCGUGGCGCUGACGGAGGUGGCAGAGGUGUUGGAAAAGGAUUCGGACGCGCUGGCGCUCGCCAAGCACUUCAAGGGCGUGGGUGACUGUCUCCCUGGAUCUGAUGCCAUCCUCCAGGCUCUGGCUGCCUCGUCCAGCGCGGUCGAGCAGGCGGAGCUCGACAAGCAGAACGCUGGGGCGCAGGCCUCGGCAGUCCAGAAGCAGCUUCUUUCCAAGGAGAAGGAGCUUUUACAGGUUACGGGUUCCAUCGAAUAUCAUCGCAAGCGUGGCGAGGAGCUGCGGACAAGGUCCGCUCAGAUCGGCGCGGAGAUCGAGCAGCUUCGUGUGCGAUAUCGCGAGCUCUCCGCCAAGGUGGCUCCUCCCGGUGGAGGCCCAGGUGCUGAGGUCGACAUCGCGAAGUUCAAGGACACUUUCUCGGCCAUGGAUGUGUUCUUGGGCCAGGCCGCAGAGGCUGUGCAGAAGGAGAGCCUCGAUGACCUCAAGGCCAAGAUGGAGGCCACACGCAGUGCGCUGCAGUCGGGCAAGGAGCAUCUCAACAAGUCGGUGGAGGCCGUCAAGGCUCGUGGCUCGUCUGCGAGAUCGGCAUCUGCCCCUGUGGCCAGGCCCCGCAUCCGUUCAGACGACGACCUCUACAACCUCCUGUGUGGCCCCUCGACGUCCGCGGAAGAGAAGAAGCGCAGGUUGGAGAUGGUGGAGGCCGUGGCCAGCAGGUGUGUUGCUGGCGUUGUUCAGCGGCUGGGACAGCCGAAGAUCUUAGUUGCCAGCAUUUACUUGCAUGACUGCGAGCAGAUGAGCGAUGACAACCUUGCCAUCCUCUCGGAUGCCAUGUCGUUCCUGGGGCACUCGGGCAUGCCGUUCGUGAUGGGCGGGGAUUUCAACAUGGUUCCCGAAGUGCUCCUGGACAAUGGGAUUCCCGAGCCCCUGCGAGGCCCACUGGCGUCGGCGCCUGGGGAUCGAGGGUCUCUGACGGGCCCCACCGGUACCAAGCGCUGCGACUAUUUCCUGGUCCCUGGAGGUUUGAGCAAAUGCGUCAAGGAGGUCUCCCUUGUCGAGGAGGCCGCCACUCGUCCUCACUUGCCUGUGCGUCUGGAGUUCCACAAGUCUCUCAGCACUCUGAGGGCCCUCAGGUUUCGCAAGCCUCCGAAGAUCCCCGUCGAGCCUGCCAUGGGACCCGUGGUGCAACCGCCCGACUGGACUCAGACCCUGGAGCUCUUGGAACUUACGUUGGAAAGUGCUGUCUCUGGGAGGCUGCAGGAGGCUUUCUCGGGGCUGGACUCGGCCUACGAAGUGUGGGCUAACCUCAGCGAGGUCGAGCUUGUCGCAUCGACACAGUCGACCAUCCCAGUUUUUGGCACACGCGGACGCAGGCCCAGGUGCGAGUGGUGCGAUCCGCUCACCAUCGACACCAGGGCCGCGCCGCCGUCAGCGCAGCAGUCGGUCAAUUUCUUUGCUGCGCAGUUGCGCGCUUCGAUCGGGCACCUUGGCGCGGGCGACCCCGUCGAGCACCCG